AUGUCCGCACCUACCCAAAAUGGCAGUGCCAAGGGCACGCCGAAGCCGAACGGCAAGACUGAGCUGAAGAUACUCAUGCUUCAUGGCUACACCCAGUCCGGCCCCCUCUUCAAGUCCAAGACGGGCGCGCUGAACAAGCUCCUGACCAAGGCCCUGGCGCCCCUGAACCUCGAGCCCAAGCUCAUCUACCCGACGGGCCCGCACCGCCUGAAGCCCUCGGACAUCCCCGGGUUCCAGCCGCCCGAGGGCAAGACCGCCGAGGACGUGGACGAGGAGCAGACCGACAGCUGGGCCUGGUUCCGCCGCGACGAGGCCACGGGGUCCUACCGCGGGUUGGGCGAGGGCAUGCGCAGCGUUGCGCGCGCGGUGCGCGACUGCGGCGGCGUCGACGGCGUGCUCGGCUUCAGCCAGGGCGGCGCCAUGGCGGCGAUGGUGGCCGGGGCGCUGGAGCCGGGGCGGGCGGCGCCCGAGGGCGACGGCGAGGACGCGUCGUGGGUGCGGGAGCUGAGGGAGGCCAACGCCGGCGGGCUCCGGUUCGCCGUCGUCUACUCCGGGUUCGUGGCCAGGGACGAGGGCCUGCGGUGGCUGUACGAGGGCGCCAUCCAGACCCCGAGCCUGCACUUCGUCGGCGCCCUCGAUACCGUGGUCGAGGAGGGCAGGAGCAGGGCCCUGAUCGAGAGCUGCAGGGAGGACCGGACGCGGACGUUUGUGCACCCCGGCGGCCACUAUGUGCCCGUCAGUAAGGAGUGGACCAUGGCGCUGGUCGGCUGGCUGAGGGAGGUUUUGGAGAAGGAGAAGGAGACGGGGGAGAAGCUGUGA